CAGCAUGGUUCAGAUCAGAGUGGAGAGUCCCACAGAAAACUUAACAUGACAACGAAAGGUGUAUUCGAAUCUUUCCUAAGCUUCUUCAGGCCGAUGACUUGCCGCCUCAGCAAUGAGCGACUCUUCACUCCUUGUCAUGUAGAAAGCCAGAACAGGUCUGAAUGCUUGAAAAAUCACUGCUGUCCUUUCAAAAUUGGCCAGGAAGAGCAGUGCUACCUGCCGAUGAGAGAUGAUGUGCAACUGGCCAUUCGAGUGAUUUUGCUUGCUGGAGGAGGAUUUUUGACUUUGGGGCUUCUACCAAUCUGUUGCUGUGCUGUUCUGCAGAGAAGUCCRUGUAUCAAUCCUUUACAAAAGAUAAGCAAAAAAGUACAGAAGAUUGCACGGGAAAAAAGAGCACGUGAUAAAGAGACUCGUGAUGAAGAGAUUCAUCGCCAUUUACUGGACUGACAUAAGAAAGAACCAAAAGCACAAAAACAAGAAGGACCAUCUACCUGAUCCUGAAGAUAAAGCAGAAGACACCAGGAUUAUUUGACUAUGUCAUAGAAAAUGACACAUUUUGUUUUAGCAAUGAAGUAAUAUCAAGUUAUUAACUCUUGAUAGUACUAUUGAUUUUGCAGUAAAAGUUUUGCGUUCUUGUUUCUUGCACUCAUUCCAUACUCCCUGUACAAAAAAACCUGGUAUCACUGAAAGGCAGACUGCUCCUGGCAACCCCUGAGUAGUAAAGUCAGUGUUCUCUGCAUACACUUGCAUCCCUGUGGAGGGAUAUAAAGACACCAGUUACGUGCCCAUCUCA